UCUACGUGUGGAAGCGGGAGAGAGAGAGAGAAAAAGGAGAGAGGAGAGAGAGCGUGUACAAAAUUGACCUUUCACUCUCUGUGGAUCUAGGGUUUCACAACAAUUGAGAGCCACCGCAUCGUCAUCUUCAUCGCCGUACUACAACUACAACUACUAUCAAAGAAAAAAAGGAAAAAGAAAAAUGUAUAAUUCGGUGGUGGUAUUGUAUGAAGGAGAAAGAGUGGUGGGAGAACUGGAAUUGUUGUAUGGUGGUGACAACGGUGUCGUAUGGGGAGAGAAGGUAAUAAGGAUCUCUCACUAUUCGCCACCAAGUGAGAGGUGUCCACCACUGGCAGUACUACACACAAUUACUUCAUCAUCUACUACUGGAAAUGGAAUAAGCUUCAAAUUGGAACCAACAAAAUCAAAGUCGCUGUCCCAAGACUCGCUCUUUCUUUUGCACUCCACUUGUCUCAGAGAUAACAAGACUGCAGUAGUGUCACUUGGAAGAGAGGAGCUUCAUUUAGUUGCCAUGCAGUCUAAGAAUUUUGGCGGACAGUGUCCUUGCUUUUGGGGAUUUAAGGUUGCAUCAGGGCUUUACAAUUCUUGUUUAACAAUGCUAAACCUUAGAUGUCUUGGCAUUGUAUUUGACCUUGAUGAGACACUCAUAGUUGCCAACACAAUGCGUUCAUUUGAGGAUAGAAUAGAGGCCUUGCUACGGAAAAUAAAUUCAGAGUCAGAUCCGCAGCGUGCCUCUGCUAUGCUAUCUGAGGUCAAGCGUUAUCAGGAGGAUAAGAUUUUUUUGAAGCAAUAUGCCGAAAAUGAUCAGGUUAUUGACAAUGGAAAGGUGAUCAAAUCUCAGUCUGAGGUUUUCCCAGCGUUGUCUGAUAAUCACCAACCUAUCGUCAGACCCCUGAUUAGGUUGCAAGAUAGAAACAUUAUUCUUACUCGUAUUAAUCCAAUGAUCCGAGAUACUAGUGUUCUUGUGAGAUUGAGACCUGCUUGGGAGGAUCUCCGAAGCUAUCUGACUGCAAGGGGUCGGAAGCGCUUUGAAGUUUAUGUAUGCACAAUGGCUGAAAGAGAUUAUGCUUUAGAAAUGUGGAGGCUUCUUGACCCAGAUUCAAACUUGAUUAACUCAAAAGAGCUCUUGGAUCGUAUUGUCUGUGUUAAAUCUGGUUUGAGGAAAUCUUUGUUCAAUGUAUUCCAAGAUGGAAGUUGUCAUCCUAAGAUGGCAUUGGUGAUUGAUGAUCGCUUGAAAGUGUGGGAUGAGAAGGAUCAACCACGAGUGCACGUUGUUCCUGCAUUUGCUCCAUAUUUUUCCCCUCAAGCUGAAGGCAACAAUUCUGUUCCUGUCCUUUGUGUUGCCAGAAAUGUAGCCUGCAAUGUCAGAGGUGGAUUUUUCAAAGAUUUUGAUGAGGGCCUAUUACAACGAAUAUCUGAAGUUGCUUAUGAAGAUGACAUUAAGCAAGUUCCUUCUGCUCCAGAUGUUAGCAACUAUUUGCUUUCAGAGGAUGAUCCUUCAGCUGUAAAUGGGAAUAAAGAUUCACUUGGAUUUGAUGGCAUGGCUGAUACUGAGGUUGAAAGGAGACUAAAGGAAGCAAUGUUGGCUUCAACCAGUGUUCCUUCUCAAAUGACAAAUUCGGAUCCAAGAAUCGCACCAGCUCUCCAGUACCCCGUCCCACCUGCUAUUUCACAAUCAACAAUUCAAGCGCCAGUGGUGCCUUUUCCUGCUCAGCAUCUCCCUCAAGUGACUUCUGUUCUUAAAUCAUCAGUAACUCAAUUAAGUCCUCAGGACACAAGCUUGCAAAGUUCUCCUGCUAGGGAAGAGGGCGAGGUACCAGAAUCUGAACUAGAUCCUGAUACAAGGAGGAGACUGCUUAUAUUGCAACAUGGUCAAGACACGAGAGAUCAAGUAUCAAGUGAACCACAGUUUCCUAUGGGGACUCCAUUACAAGUGUCUGUACCACCUCGGGUGCAGCCGCACGGUUGGUUUCCAGUGGAGGAAGAGAUGAGCCCUAGACAACUUAAUCGAGCCUUGCCUCCCAAGGAAUUUCCUUUAAAUUCAGAGUCUAUGCAUAUUAACAAGAAUCGGCCUCCUCAUCCACCUUUUCUUCCCAAAAUGGAGACC